CCGGCUGCUGCCUAGAGAGCCAGACGCAGAGCGGGAGGCACAGGCAGCAGCAGCGGCGGAGGAGGAAGGAGGUGUCCAGUGGCGCCCCGGAGAGAGAAGCGGGGAAAGAGGGGGGCGAACAGGGCCCGGGCCGCUGGACAGAGCCACGCGAGCGAGGGCUGACCGUGGCCGCUUGCCCACGGAAGAAGCUGGUCAGGUGCACAAAAGGCCUGAGCCCGGAGCUCCUUAAGUUUCCUUGGGGGGCAUUCGCUGAGACGGCUGCUCAGACCACACCCCGCCAGCAGGAGCCUUAAGGGGGGCGACAGCCACACUCUCGCGUGGUGUUGUUUUAAGCCACGAGGAGACUCUUUGAGGGGGGGUGAAAAGUGUUGCUCCCCUCAUCAACAAGGGAGGAGUCCCACGUGCUGCUGUUCAGGAGCCACCAGUGGCAGAGGCGAAGAGCCUGUUUUCCUGAAGGGAAACUUCCAAAGCAAGGAUGACCGAGAACUCGUCCACGGCACCUGCUGCCAAGCCCAAGCGGGCCAAGGCAGCCAAGAAGUCGACGGACCACCCCAAGUACUCGGAUAUGAUAGUGGCCGCCAUCCAAGCCGAAAAGAGCCGAGCUGGCUCCUCGCGCCAGUCCAUCCAGAAAUACAUCAAGAGCCACUACAAAGUGGGGGAGAAUGCUGACUCCCAGAUCAAGUUGUCCAUCAAGAGGUUGGUGACGACAGGUGUCCUCAAGCAGACAAAAGGCGUCGGCGCCUCAGGGUCCUUCCGCCUGGCCAAGGGGGAUGAGCCCAAGAAAGCACCCGUGAAGAAGGCCAAGAAGGAAGUCAAGAAGGCCGCAACACCCAAGAAAGCAGCCAAGCCCAAGAAGGCUGCUGCCAAGUCACCGGCCAAGAAGCCCAAACCUGCGCCCAAAAAAGCCAAAAAGAAGCCAGCGCCUGCUCCAAAGAAAGCCAAGAAGCCAAAGACUGUCAAAGCUAAGCCAGUGAAGGCGUCAAAGCCUAAAAAGGCAAAAGCGUCAAAACCCAAAGCAAAGUCCAGUGCAAAGAAGUCGGCCAAGAAAAAGUGAAGUGCAUCCUUGGGACCUUCUUUCUUGGACUUUCUUCUUGACCUCUACUCUGUAAAUAGAUUCCUUCUUUGUUCUCUACUCCUUUCUAUUGCAGCUUUAUAAAAGACUGAACUAUUCCGCCUAUAAUGCUUUCAAUCGAUAGCUUUUUUAAAUGACACUCGUCAAUAUGAAAGUCUCCCCUUUUUUUGGUUUGAAUUUUUUCCCCCAAUUAGGAUUUUUAAAAUAGAUUUCUAUGUUCAUCUUUCUUCCCCUCCCUCUUAAAGGUAUGCAAUACUUGUUUGUGUUUUGAGCAUGAGGGAAGACCAGGUCAGAUAAGGGAAUAUUUUAGUGUUCCUAUUGCUUGGAGGUGAUUUUUAGAAAUAUUUGAAUUAAGAAAGGGACUUGCAUUGGAUGACUUUCUUAGCCAAGGUCCUGAAAUGGUGAGAUUAAGAAAUGUAACUAAUAGUGGAAGCCACCUAAAAUGGAAUGGGGUAACUUCAUUUUUUACAGAACUUCAAAAUUUCAUGGUGGCUAAGAUUCUAAUGUAAUUGCAUACAUGUAGGAUGAUGUCUUUCUAGCCCUGGCAAGGACUGGAUAGACUGAGAUAAGCUUUUAACUGCUCUUUCAAGGGGAGGACUGCUGUUGUCUGGAGUGGGUGGUAGAGUUGGGAGACAAGGAAUUAAAAUGAAUCAUUGGGGGGGGGGAUCCUCUAUUUAGAAUCAUGGUAGUUUGACCACAACAAAGUGGGGAUAGAGUGAAAGUUUAAUUUCCUGUCUCUUUCCAAACAAGUCUGACCACUGUCUUGGUCCCCAGCAACUUCCAGGAGAAGGUGUUAAUAGAAGCUCCAUUCUUCCCAAUCCUUCAGUGCCUGUCUCCUAAGCCACAGCUUUUUUGUGUUUAAAGUCUUGUGUCUGCAGUGCAUCCUACACCUCCAGCAAUCUUUAUUUUUUCAAUUGUGGAUCUUGAAUGGGGGAGGGAGGGAAGAAUGAAUGUAGAGGGGGACAGACUUGUUAUUGAGGUAACUUUAUAAAGCUCUGUUACCAUUGCUUAGGUUUGGGAUUGGGGUUUUUUCUCCCAUGAGGGAGAAUGGAAAGGAUAAUUUUCAGUACUCUUAUUUUUAAAAAGGUAUGCUUGUUUAAACAAUGGAAGAUUCUCAUAGGACUGAUAGCUGAUUGUCCAUUUUAUUUUGUAUGUGUAAUUUUGUGCAAGAAGGAUUUAGCUGUCUUUGUAAUUUUAGAGUUAAAAAUAAAAUGUAAACAGCAUAA